GGUAACGGUUUGUGAGUCGGCGCGUCCAGAAAGACUCCCGAGUGUGUGUGUGUCUGUGUGUCUGUGAGGUCUCGUGGAGGUUGUUGUUAAAUCGCAUCACUUUUUUCUCAAAAUGAACAAAAUUAUUCUUCACGUCUUUGCGGCUGGUUUCUGCUUCGCAGUCGGCCAAGCUCUGCAGUGCUACAAUUGUAGAAUUGGUUUUUGGAAUAUGUGCAUCACCACAAAAGUCACAUGUGAUGCGGGAGAGCAUUGCUACAGUGGCACUGGAAAAGCGGUUGGUGUUGUGGACGUCAAGAUGAAGGGCUGUCUAAAGGUGGCCGAGUGCAACACGACGGAAACGGUGACUUUCCCACCGUCCUCCAACACCACCACCUACACAAUGACCAAAACGUGCUGUGACUCUGACUUGUGUAACGCGGCCCCUGCCCUGCCCAGCAUCACAGUGCUACCCCUGGCCCUCGCAGCAUUCACUACUGUACUUAUGGGCAAGGUCUUGGUGUGAGGGAGUGAAGACAUAGCAUAAAACACACACACACACACACACACACACACACACACACACACACACACACACACACACACACACACACACACAUACCUAAUUGUACAAAGGUAGGCCUGUUUGUGCAAAAUGACAUAUUUGACUAAAUUUAAGAACACAGCAAAACAGCCAUGAGUAUGCAUAUAUAUACUGUUUACAUAUACACACACUUACACACAGAUACACUUUAACAGUCUCCUCAUCCAAGCUCCAUGGUCUCGCAUGUAUAUAUAUUUUUUUUAUCCUGAGCUUGUUUUUCACGUGGGGCUUCACUGGCAGCCUUCAGGCGUAUUGUAACCAGUCAGUAAAAUGUAGAUCAAACUCUGUCGGCGAUAUCCUCUUAUGAAUUGAGACUUAAUGGUUACCUUCAUUGGCUUUGUGAGAACAUCACUAGAUGGUCUUGUGUGUAACCCCAUUUUGAAACGGUGACCUGAAUAAGACUACACCAAGUUAACUGAAUUUUCUAAUCAGAAUGAGUGACCAUAAAAGUAAAGAACAGGGCUUUGGGUGCCAGUAGAAAUCAACUGACUUUGGUUGUUUGUUGUAAGACCAAUUUUUUUUUCUUAGUGAAAUAAGGCCAAAACAAAUUGCACAUGGCCCAUUUUGCCAUAUCCCAGGCCAUAAUACACACAAAGCACACAUUUUCAUCGCUUGUUGAUUUAAAAUUAAGUGAAAAAUCUCAUGUUUAACCUUCAAACAUUUAAUUUCCACGUCUAUUGCUGUAUAAUGCCUUUACUUCGAUGAUUGUCUAGCUCAGUUGAUGCACAUGACAUUGUUGACAUUGGAUUCUAUUUCUGUGAAGUGUCCUAGUUUUUUUUCUUCUUCUUUAAAUCAAUGCAAUGUGCUUGUUCUAAGCUGUUUUUAUUCAUUGAUGUCAAAUUGGCUUUGCGUACAACUUAAAAUCUGCGGGAUAAUGCUUGUAUUUAUCUUGGUAAUAUGACACAUGUAAGUGGCAGAAACGUUUUGAUGUUAACUUGGGUUCCAUUUGAAGCAACUGGAAAUCUUUUAGAAUGGCACUUGGAUGCAAGUACAAAUCCAGAGUUGAAUGACCGGUCUCUCCUUUCUGAGACCUCUUGGCAUUUUCUACUUCUUCAAAAAGCAAUGUGUUGGCUAUGUUUAGCUGAAUGUUUUGUGAAUGAGGCGUUGCCGAACUUUAAAGAAUUCAAUAAAAAAUCUGUUCAACUCCAAAA